ACGUAAAUAUAAAUUUAAAUACGAGUUUAAAUUGGGAGAAAGAAAGAAAAGAAGGAGAAAAAGAAAAAGCGAGGGAAAAUCGGACGGCGAACGGCAGACGCGAAGGAAAAGAAGAAGGCAACAAAGAAUUGCGAAGAGAUAAUUUAACGGACGAUAAUUUCGAUAUAUCGAGAUAUAUAAGAGAGAAUAAUGAAGAUUGAGGAUGAUGUCUCGCAUUACUUGAAGACGCACACCUUUGCGUCCUUCGCAUCGAUCGAUGCACACAUAUACAAAUAAAAAAAUGCACAUACAUGACACACAUACAUAUACAGUCACCUUUCUCUGUUUCCUCCUGUGUGCUUCCACCUUUGUUUUCGUUAUCGCCGUACAUUUUACCACUUUGCCAACGAACGUCGCUUCGGCACGCAUACCGCACGCUAGUCCCAGGAUAACAAGGACGAGUCGUCUUGGCGACAAGUACUGGAAGCGAGGAACCGUGCCAUAUUCGAGCUGGAAAGAACGUUGGGGAAUCUCCAGAUGGAGCACGACAAGUGUAAGGAUCUGUUGAGUGACGCGAAACACAUUGAGUCUUGGAAGGAGGAGACGGAGACGAUGAAUCAACACAUCGUCCAGCUGGAGCAGCAAUUGAAACGCUGCGAGGGCCUAAAGGACGACGUCAGUGGGCACGACAAGAUAUCGAGCGAGAAAAUCGAAACGCAAUCGAAGGCGUGUAAAAAUUGUUGUAGUUCGAACGCAAAAGAUCGGCAUAUCCUCGCGCUGGAGCGACAAGCGACAGCCUUGAAGAACUCCUUGAAGAAUCACGCGAGCACAACGGAAUUCUCAGAGAAGGAUAACAACGAUGAGAAGACGAACGGAAAAGUGGAGGAGUCCUGGAAGCAGGAGAUCGAGGCGAAGAAUGAGCGCAUCGUCGAGCUGGAGCAGAAAAUAGCUUCGUUGGAAAGCCUCCUGCGGAAGAACGUGGAUGCGCAGAGAAUGCGCGAUCUCGAAAAAAGGAUCGACAGGAAAUCCAAACGGAUCAUAGAAUUGGAGGAUGCCGUGGAGGAGCUCGAGGACUUCCUUAAGGAGGACGUGAAGGAGAUGCGUGAUCUGCGUUACCAGGUAUCGCUCGACAAGGAGUGUAUUAUGAAAAUGGAAAAGUGGAUUCAGAAGAACAACCUCACGAACGCGGGGAUCGAUAAAGCAAGAAUUAUAGAGCUGGAGGAGAUGGUUACAAAUCUGGAAGAUUACGUCAAAAAGCAUGACAUCGACGGUCUUAAGCGAAAAUUGCAGGAUCGAGAAUGCAGAAUUGUUCAGCUAGAGAAUCAAGUAUCUGGGCUGAAAAAGCUGUCAAAAUUCGCAGAAAAUAAACCAGUCAGAAACAUGCCGAAGGAAAACCCGAUCUUACCCGAUAAUGGAGUAGCUUGCGAGCUGGAAGAAACAGAACAAAAGACAAAGGACGUAACGCGCGCUAUUUUGGAGGAGACUGAUAGAAUUCAAGAGUGCGAGCAGGAGAAGAGCCUGGAAAUAGAACUGCGAGAAAAAGAGCAAAAGAUGAAGGAAAUGGGACACGACAUUUCGGAAAAGGAUAACAGAAUUCAAAGAUACGAACAGCAGAUUAUCGAGCAGCAGAAUAAGAUUCUGAAAAUGGAGAAGGAGAUGGCGGAACUGGAAGAAGAAUUAUACGAGACGGAGGACGUUAGCGCGCUGAAGGAAGAAAUUCGAUUGAGAAACGAGAGGGUGCAGGAGCUAGAAAUGGAGGUCAAUUCUUUGGAGACUUCGCUCGGCGAGAGAAUUGACGUCGCGAUCGAGGAACUCAUCGCCACUCUGAAGGAAAAGGAGGAGUUAGAGCUUCAAUUGAAGAAGAGUCUCGCGGAUAAAGAGCGCAAAUUAGAGGAGUUGGACGCGGCUCUUCGCCAGAGCAUCGCAAUCACGGACGAGCUUGAAACGAAGUUCAAGUACGAGAAGAAGCUCAGAAAAGAAGCUGACCAAAGAAUUGUCGAGAUGGAGGAGAAAAUUGCAGUCAUACAAGCUGCUUCAGCCACGAAAUGCAUCACGUGCAAGCCGGUUCUUUAUAAAAUAUUUAAAAGGACUGAAGAGAAGCUCGCCCAAGAGAAUCAGGAGAAGACUGUUCAGCUUCAAGAGUUGCAUCAAAUUAAGCAUGAAGCUUUAAAAGCUGCCCUUUCCGAAAAAGAUGCGCAUUUAGCUUUAUUGGAACAUUCAGGCAUCAAAACUCCAACGCAAGUGGAUGAGGCGGCGAAACUAAAAGCCGAUAAGAGAAAAUUACUCGAUAGACUGAGGGAAGAGGAUGAGAAGAGUAUCAAGUUAAAUACCAAACGGGAAACACCACAAUUGUUUCAAAAAGUAUUCAAGAUAUCCGACGGCAAUGAGGACGGCAGUGAUAACAAUAAUAAUUCCUUUGACGAUCGCUUUAGCAGGAUCAACUCACCGAUAUCAGUUGCUGUAAAUGGCGACAGUUCACCGGUAUCAGCUACUACGAGCUGCAAGUAUUCAACAAGAACGUCGAUGGUGUCCGAUUUGAAAGACGAAAAUCAAUCGCAGAUUCAUCAGCAGGAUACCAGAUAAGUACUCGAGACCACCUACGGUAUUUCGGAGUAUCGGUCCCUUCGUUAUCUCGAUGUUGUUCAUACGCACACACACCCGCGAACGUAGAGACAGUGUAUAGAACAUCUUUAGAAACGUAGCGAAAAAAGAAAACGAAACAAACAACAACUACAACAGCAAAACUACAAUACACCACCAAUAUCAGCAACUACAGCAACAGCCAACACCCUUGCCUGUGCCGCUCAUCACGCAUCGCGCAUCUUCAUCACCAUCAUCAUCUUCGCCAUUUAUUCGACAUCUCUCAUCAUUAAUCGGCAUUUUUCUUCAUCCAUGUGAUAUAUAGUGCUUGAAAGAAGUUGUCAAGAGCAAAAAGCCAGAAGCUUCUUCGGACCGCUGGUAAUCCAAAUAGAUCGCAUUCGAUAGUUUACCAUGGAUGAAAUAUAAUAACGAUGGAUAACAUACGAUGGCUUCGAAUAUUUUAUCCUGAUAAAAAUGUUACAAAAGCGUUUAUCUUCUUCUCCCUUCGACAUCAGCGAUAUUUGAGUCGUUAUAUAGACAUAAUAAUUUGUUAUUAUUGCAAUGUAUCAAAAUAUGCGAAUUGUUGUUUAUUAUAUAGUUCUUUGCAGCCCGCGGCGUGCGACAUUAAAAAAUUAACGAUUGAUUAGAAGACUAAUGUUUUAUAUUUAUUUCCUUAAUAUAUUUAAUUUUAGAUGUAUAAUUAAAUUAGCGAAGCUGCAAAGAAAUAAAAAUUAGAUUAGCAGAGAAUUAAAAGAAGUAAGAAAUGAUUAGCAUAAACUGGAGUUUUGUUUUUUUAGAUAUCAAUACUUUAAAUAAUUCGAAUAUUUUAAAAUAUUCAAAUAUUUACAAAUAAGAUUUUUAAUUAUUUACGGCCAUUUACAAUUUAAUUUGCUUAAAGAAUUUAACAUAGCUUGAUGAAUUUGUACAUACCGGUGUUUCUUGACAUAUAAAUAAAAUUAUAAUUGGAAUAAA